AUGCUUCGAGGUCGGUCGCUAUCUGUGACAUCCCUAGGUGGGCUGCCUCGGUGGGAAGCCGGACUUCCCGUGGAGAAUUUACUGCUCUUUGAAGUCUCUUGGGAAGUGACCAAUAAAGUUGGUGGCAUCUAUACUGUGAUUCAGACAAAGGCCAAAACUACAGCAGAUGAAUGGGGAGACAACUAUUUUCUGAUUGGUCCAUAUUUUGAGCAUAAUAUGAAGACUCAGGUGGAACAGUGUGAACCUGUGAAUGAUGCCGUUAGAAGAGCCAUGGACACGAUGAACAAACACGGCUGCCAGGUGCGCUUUGGAAGAUGGCUGAUAGAAGGGAGUCCUUACGUGGUUCUCUUUGACAUUGGCUAUUCGGCUUGGAACCUGGACAAGUGGAAAGGAGACCUCUGGGAAGCAUGCAACGUUGGCAUUCCUUAUCACGACCAGGAAGCCAAUGAUAUGCUGAUCUUUGGGUCAUUAACUGCCUGGUUCUUGAAAGAGGUGACAGACCAUGCUGAUGGGAGACACGUCAUUGUCCAUUUCCAUGAAUGGCAGGCUGGGAUUGGACUGAUCCUUUCUCGAGCUCGGAAACUGCCCAUUGCUACAGUCUUUACCACCCACGCCACACUGCUUGGGCGGUAUCUCUGUGCAGCUAACAUCGAUUUCUACAACCAGCUUGAUAAGUUUAACAUAGACAAAGAGGCUGGGGAAAGGCAGAUUUAUCACCGGUAUUGCAUGGAGCGCGCUUCCGUCCAUUGUGCUCAUGUUUUCACUACAGUUUCUGAAAUUACAGCCAUAGAGGCAGAACACAUGCUGAAGAGAAAACCUGAUGUAGUUACUCCAAAUGGCUUGAAUGUUAAGAAAUUUUCAGCUGUACAUGAGUUUCAAAAUCUCCAUGCUAUGUACAAGGCCAGGAUCCAAGAAUUUGUUCGAGGUCAUUUCUAUGGUCAUCUGGACUUUGAUCUUGAAAAAACAUUGUUCCUCUUCAUUGCUGGGAGGUAUGAGUUUUCAAACAAAGGAGCUGACAUCUUCUUAGAAUCCUUAUCCAGAUUAAAUUUCCUGCUGAGGAUGCAUAAAAGUGACGUCACCGUGGUGGUGUUUUUCAUUAUGCCUGCCAAGACAAAUAAUUUCAAUGUGGAAACCCUGAAAGGCCAGGCAGUACGCAAACAGCUAUGGGACACUGCACAUUCUGUGAAGGAAAAGUUUGGAAAGAAACUGUAUGAUGCACUAUUAAGAGGAGAAAUUCCUGACAUGAACAAUAUUUUGGAUCGAGAUGAUCUGACAAUUAUGAAAAGAGCUAUCUUUUCAACUCAGCGGCAGUCUUUGCCCCCGGUGACCACUCACAACAUGAUUGAUGAUUCCACCGAUCCCAUCCUCAGCACCAUUAGACGUAUCAGGCUCUUCAAUAGCCGCACAGACAGAGUCAAGUUGAUUUUGCACCCAGAGUUCCUGUCCUCUACCAGCCCCUUGCUACCCAUGGAUUACGAAGAGUUUGUCCGAGGUUGUCAUCUUGGAGUAUUUCCAUCAUACUAUGAACCCUGGGGUUAUACUCCAGCUGAAUGCACUGUGAUGGGCAUCCCCAGUGUGACCACCAAUCUCUCUGGCUUUGGCUGUUUCAUGCAGGAGCAUGUGGCUGACCCCACUGCAUACGGAAUUUACAUCGUUGACAGGCGGUUCUGCUCCCCUGAUGAUUCUUGCAAUCAGCUGACUCAGUUUCUCUAUGGAUUUUGCAAACAGUCACGCCGCCAGAGGAUUAUUCAAAGGAAUCGCACCGAGAGGCUCUCAGAUCUUCUGGACUGGAGAUACUUAGGCAGAUAUUACCAGCAUGCCAGGCUCCUGACAUUAAGCAGAGCCUUUCCAGAAAAAUUCCACAUGGAACCCACAUCGCCACCAACGACAGAAGGGUUUAAGUAUCCCAGGCCCUCCUCGGUACCACCGUCGCCUUCGGGAUCUCAGGCCUCCAGUCCUCAGAGCAGUGAUGCGGAGGAUGACAAUGAGGAUGAGAGAUACGACGAGGAAGAAGAGGCCGAAAGGGAUCGGUUAAAUAUCAAGUCGCCGUUUUCUCUGAGUCACGUUCCUCGGGGGAAGAAGAAGCAGCACGGAGAAUACAAGAACUGA